AAAAUAUGUCAAAAUGUAAACAGCUGACUGAGUGAGUUGAAGACUGAAACACUGAAGAUAUAAUAUAUAAUAUAAUAUACUUUUAUGUUGCCUUUAUUCUAACUUUCUUUAUGUUUAUUUUUUAUAUUACUUGUAGUAUUUAUUAGUAUAAAACUACAAACAUGUAUUAUUAAACAGUUAUAUUUUGUAACGAUAUUCCUACCUUAAGAGAGAUCAGAUGUAAAAAUCUACAAUGUUACUUAAACUCUUAGAAAACAAAUAUUGCAUUUUUGGCUUAACUGCUCUAGCUAUAAUACCAUGGAAGAUAUUUUACAGCAAAUAUAAAUAUUAUCAAAAUCAGUACGAAGAGAAGUUGUUAUUCCAAAAUAGGCAUAAUUGUGUUGUUACUUACACAGCUACAAAAGGAAUUGCUGGAUGGCCCCCACAUAAUGAUAGAAUACUACCUGACAUUACAUCCAAAGACGGUCUGUGUGCUCUGUAUGACCCGUUUAUAUAUUUUAUUAAAACUUCAGAAAAGAGUAUAGAGGUAGCUUACAUGUUCAUUUUGAUUCAAGAAAUUCUUGAUGCACUAGUAGAAGCUCAUGAACGCGGAGUUAAAGUUCGUAUAUUAUUAAAUUUUGAACAUAACAAGACUGAUACUGGACCUAUCCAUAAAUUAAUCAGUAAAGGAAUUAAGGUUCAGCUUUAUAUGUACCCCAAACAAAACCUAGAAAGCAUCAUGCAUUAUAAAUAUAUGGUAAAGGACUACAUCGAGGAAAAAGAAGGAUAUACAUUGAUAAGUUCCUUGAAUAUUAGUAUAACUGCAUUCACAGAAAAUUAUGAAAACGUAGUUCUCAGUUCUGACUACUACUUAGCUACAUCUAUACACAAGAACUUUGAGGAUUGUUGGAACUAUGUUGAACAAGAAAAUCAGAGUCUUCUAAACAAAACUAUACUGUUAGAUCUUAAUUUAAUAUGAUUGUUGGCCAUUUUUUUAUCAAUAUAUUACUGUUAAACCCGUACAAA